AUGCUACCCGCCGCGCUGCUCCGCAGGCCUGGCCUCGGCCGACUCGUGCGCCAGGCCCGCUACUACGCCGAGGCCGCCGCCGCCCCGGCCCCAGCCGCUGGUCCUGGGCAGAUGUCCUUCACCUUCGCCUCACCCACGCAGGUGUUCUUCAACGGUGCCCAUGUUCGCCAGGUGGAUGUGCCCACCCAGACGGGAUCUUUCGGCAUCCUGGCAGCCCAUGUACCCACACUGCAGGUCUUGCGGCCGGGGCUGGUCGUCGUCCAUGCUGAGGAUGGCACCAGCACCAAGUACUUUGUGAGCAGCGGCUCGGUCACAGUGAACGCUGACUCCUCCGUGCAGUUACUGGCCGAGGAGGCCGUGACCUUGGACAUGCUGGACCUGGGGGCAGCCAAGGCAAACUUGGAGAAGGCGCAGUCAGAGCUGUCAGGGGUGGCGGACGAAGCCCAGAGGGCCGAGAUCCAGAUCCGCAUCGAGGCCGGCGAGGCCCUGGUGAAAGCCCUGGAGUAG